UGGUUCAAAAGCCCGCGGUUACGUGGCGUUCGUGUGUGCACCAAGCAUGUCUGCAUUUUGUCAUUAACAACAGCUCAUAGGUCAAUUUUUCUUUUUUCAUUUAAACAAAACAGAUUUCUUUCGUUCGCCAUUUAACCACGGUAGCGGAGAACAUAAUUGUAUCGCUCACUGUUGUCGUUGUUAAUUUAAGAUUAGUCCCUAUCAACCGGAUUGUAUGGAACUGUUGUAGUAAUACGAAAAAAGUAUAGUCUGAGAGACAGUGUUAUAUAUGAGCACAAAUCAUUAAAUUAAUACUAAUUGGUAAAAUGAUACGAGUGUCAACGGUCACCAUUGUUACAGUAGCAGUAGGUUUAGGGGUAGGAAUAAUUGGACUAGUGCUGGGAAUACUAUGGCCUUCGAUUUAUUCUUCGCUCAUUCAUAAGCAACUAUCUUUGACUCCAACAUCUACCAAUUAUGAACUAUGGAAGGUGACUCCAAUACCUAUGCAUUUGAAGCUUUACAUGUUCAAUCUAACCAAUCCUAAAGAAUUCCUUAUAGGUAAGGAAAACCCCAAGUUCGAGGAGAUGGGUCCUUAUGUAUUCAGGGAAACUGAUUACAAGGUAAAGCAGACUUGGAACGAAAAUAACACAAUAACAUAUCAAAGAAAAAGAGUAUGGCAUUUCAAUCAGUCUUUAUCAACCGGUAGUUUAUCCGAUAAUGUGACUAAUAUAAACCCUGUGGCUGCUAGCGUCGGUUACACUGUGAGAUUCUCGUUACCAUUUUUCCGGUAUGUGGCUGAUAAAAUCAUGAAGAUUUUGGGAGAAGAAUUAGUAAUCACUAAAACAGUCAAUGAAUUACUCUUCGAAGGUUACACCAGCGAGAUGCUAACACUCGCCCGCAAAGUGAACAUUACAAAAAUACCAAUGGAUAAAUUUGCUUGGUUCUAUAAGAGGAACAAUAGUGCAUCGUACGAUGGAACGUUCAACAUGGACACAGGUGAAUCCAACAUGUUAGAUCUUGGUGUUGUCAAGGAAUGGAACUAUAAUAGUCGAGCCAGUUCCUAUCCUGGCCAAUGUGGAGUAAUCAGUGGAACAAACGGAGACCUGUGGCCUCCUUUACCUGACAAUGAUACCGUUUCCUUCUUUCUAUCUGAUAUUUGCACGAGCAUGUCAGCAAAGUAUUUCGGUAAAACAGUCCACGAAGAUCUACCAGGAGUAACAUAUAUCAGCGACGACACGAUUUUUGACAAUGGCACAAAAGUACCAUCGAGGAAAUGCUACUACCAGGGUGAAUCCAUACCUUCUGGAGCAAUGAAUAUCUCCUCGUGCAAGUGGGGUGCACCAGCCUUCAUUAGUUUACCACAUUUCUACUUGGCAGACCCUAUUUACACGGAAAAUAUAGAUGGGAUGAAUCCUCAGAAAGAAAAGCACCAACUGUCUAUAUCCAUAGAACCGAAAACUGGAGUUCCAUUAAAAGUUAGCGCGCAAAUGCAAUUGAAUAUGAUGGUCGAUUCCUAUGAGAACAUGACGACUUUCCAGAACAUGAAGAAGAUAUUCAUACCAAUGCUCUGGUUCACACAAGAAGCAAACCUAACUGCUAAUUAUGCCAGUACAGUCAAGUUCAUCAUAAUUCUGCAGACGUUAGGCAGCGUGACCUGCUUCGGGAUCGCCGGUAUCGGCAUAAUAGUCCUUUUUAUCGGUAUCUUCGUGAUUAUCAAGAAUGGUAUGAAGAACGAGGACAACGAACAAUUGAUCUCGACAUCUAGACUUAACGGAGACAUGUGAUGGCUUGGGACAACCGUCGACUAAGAAAAGAUAAUCACUGUCGGAGUUUAGAUGUAUACAUGUUUCAAUUACCGCUACGUAUUACAUCCUGUUGUAACUAGAACAGGUGAGCACGUCGUUCGAAUUAUUUCUAAAUGUGCUUUCCGAAUAAUUGUAUAAUUUCCGAGUGUCUAAUCAAGUGCCUGAUCGUCUCAACGAGAGAACGGACGCCGAAAUCACGGUGCCGAACCGUGUUUAAGAAACUCCUGUACCUAAUUAUUGUACAUACACAGCUGUGAACAUCCCCACACUCUCUCUCCCUAAACACACGGGCGCGCGCGCGCGUGUGCACACACACACACACACAGAGACAGAAAUACGCAUACACACAAUCGCAUACACGCGAGCGCGCCUUUUCUAAGCAAACGAUAGAAGAAACUUUAUCCUUAGUCUCUUUCAAACUAUUUUUUUAGAACAAAACGAAUACCGAGAAUGAGAGAAGGAUUAGAACAGCGCUGAUUAGUUUCCAAUCGGAGCUCCUGUUGAUCGUUAACAGAGUUAAUAUACGUAUAAUAUCGUUGCAACUGUGAUAAUGUAGACACUUCUUCCAGUAUAAAUAUGAUGGAGUAUGUUAGCAAUAAAAGGAUAUUAAUUUUAUAGAA